UGUUUAUUUAGAGAUGGCAAAAAUUACACGACGUGCCGUUGCCUCGUCGUCGUCGUCAUCAUCGCUGUCGUCGGUAACAUCAGCAUCAUCAGACACUACAAGGUCAUCAACAGCAACGAGUUCUUCCACUUCAAAGGCUUCCAAAUCAACUGCUACAGCAAGCGCAACAAUAAAAACAACAACGAAUGCCAAUAAUAUUAUCGAUGAUGGUAAGCCAGCACGUUUGGCCGCAGCGGAUAUGUCGGACAAACUGGCCAUGCCACUCACUGCAUUUACUGAUCCUCCUCCACUUCGCAACAACGGCAAUGCAUCCAAGAAACGGUUUGUGGCAAACGAGAAUAACAGCUUACCCGCCACGAAUACAACGACUGGUACCGAAUCCCUAUACGACGGUACAAACGGACGGCAAAUAUUAUUCACGGGGACUGGCCGAUACAAUAAAAGUGUGAUUGAGCGGAGAAUAGAGCAAGAGGAAUUUUAUGCUACCUACGACGUGAUGACUGGUGUACGUAUUGCCGCGACGCUUAGCGGGUUUUUCGGCUUAAUGGUAUUCCUUAUAGUUUGGAAGAGUCGCAGCAGUUCCAAUGAAACGAUGAAAGUUCUGAAGGAUCCCAAAAUGGCUGCUGUCGCCGCCGUUUGUAUGCAAGAGGAGGAGGAGCGUGAAAUACAAGAGGCCAUGGUCGCAACCGGCAUGUCUAUAUAUCCGGAUGAAUAUGAUGCUAUCGUCUAUCGGCGACAACGAAUGUUAUCUUUGGGCAAUGUUAGCGCACCACCUAUGCUAAAUAGAGGAUAUCGCUUCUCUUCAGUGGAUAUUCCUGCUUAUGAAACUACAGGUGGUGGUGGCUACAGCAGCUUGCUGGAGCCACCUCGACGAUUUUCCUAUUCGGCAACAUCUGGUGUCGGCAGCUUUACGGGAGGGCGCCGAAAAAGUGGCUCCGAGUCAUCGCGUAUAUUGAGUAACUAUCCGAUGGGUAGCAGUUUUGGCAACGACGAUUACUUUAUUGAGACAGAGGAUGAAUUGGAAUGUACCGAUUAUCCACGUAGUGGGACACAUCUAGACGAACUGCCAGACAUGCCACAACGCACCGAUUCAACGAAGAGUAAACGUGGGUUCCUGGAAGUACCGCCUACAGGUCAAGAUUCGCGGCGUAGCAGUGCAAUGACAUGCUGCAGUACUGAAAGUUCAUACUUGGAGCGACGCUGUUCGGCAUUUACCUUAGGGCUUGGUAAUUUACCGCCGACACUUCAACGAAAGCUAUCUUCAGCCUCACGUGCAUCGAGUACUGACAAUUGGGACUACUACUAUCCGGACAUACAGGUCAUACAGCCAACACCGAAGCCUUCACCUUGCCCCUCGGAACGUAGCCUUUAUGAGCAGCUGCAGGCGCAUGCGAAUAUCACUUCGACCUCAAGCGUAAAAGUGUCCGGCAAAGGUGCACAAGCGCCGCAAGCAAAAACACCCGUGGCCACCAUAACUACCCACAGCAAGACUGGCACUACAAAUACUGUAGUCACUGGGGAUACGAAGGUGACUAAUAGCCAGGUCGAUGCACAGAAGUUUGUGCGCAAGCACAGCAUAGCUUACUACGAUCCGGAAAGCGCACAGGCCGGACGCAAGCAAGAAAUCCACUCGAUCAGUGCCGAUACGGUGGAUAUAUAUCCUUACAAUCAGACGCUUUUCGAAAACAGCAAUUUGAUUGGUUUCGCUGAUGCUGCUAGUGCUGUCGUUGGAUCGACGUUCAAACCGCCUCUGCAGUCUGCGCCACCAACAAGCGGUCACUACGGGUUUCAUUACUCCGACUCGCCUACAGAGGAUUCCCGUGGCAGUUUGCGCGGUAAAGUUGCGGUGGUCGAACUGCAGCGCCUCACCUACCCCACUGAGCAGAUGACGCCGCCACCUAUACAAGAGCACAAUAACAACAACUUUCCGUAUUCUAGUUCCGCCGCCGCCAUAGCAGCUGCUGCCUCUGCGGCAGUUGUCACCGCCACUACGGCGAAUUCCAGCAGCAUCAGCAUCGACAGUACGCCCAUUAGCUUGGAUAAACUGAAUGGCAGUGGCAGUCUGGGCACCAUAUCAGCGAAAGCACUUUUCAAUGUAGAAAGACGCGCGCCACUUGCCUCGCUUAGUUCCUUUAAAAUCUCGUCACUAGAGUACCAAGACUCAGAAGCGCGCUCAGUUGACGAGGACUCCGUGUUCCUGGAUAGUGUGGCCGACACUGACGAGGAUAUACAGCAGUUUAGCAGUGACAGCGAAGAGGUUAGCUUCGGUGAACACGAUCCUAUUAGUAUGCGCGAGAAUGUAGCGCUUGUUGCACCGCAAAGUGGCGGUAAUGGCAGUACUGUUGAAGCGUCCGCAAUUGUGCACACCGGACCUCAACCACUCAGGUAUCCCAUCGAAAAACGCUACAGUCUGGGUGCUGGAUUCAAUGCUGGUCUCGGUGGUACGAAACUAUCGCGCGCGCGACGUCCCCUACUUCAACGUCAUCGCACAAUUAGCGUUUCGUCAAGCGAUCGUGUCGGUCUGAUCGGACAUCAGCUGAAAGAGUUUCACUAUACCGGCAGUGGUAGCCAAACACCAACCACUAUUGCGGAAUCAGUGCCACUCGAGACGCAUUUUGGUUCAGUUAUUUGUACCAGUAAUUCACCAACACAUCCACGACGUGCGCAACUGCUGCAACAGUAUAGCGAUCCACAAAGCCUGCCGACUACCACAACAACUACAGCCACCACAACAACAGACGAUUACACCUGCUCUACUUUGAAUACAGAACUUUGUGGUGGCGCUGGUGGACAAGGACCUAGUGGUAGUGGCAGUGGUGGUGGCGGCAGUGGCGGCGGAGGUGGCUCCGCGACACUAACUCAAAACAGCAGUCUAAAUACUGUAGUCAGUUUCGGUCGCUCAAGUCCCCUAACGGACAUCAAUCAAACGAGCUGUGGUCUUAGUUCUGCUAGUGCAAAUGCUGCUUCCGCUGCUGCUGCUUCUGCUACUGAUAAUCAAUGCUAUUCCACAGAAACUCAAAAGGCUUCGAAAAAUCAAACGAACAAAACACAACCACAACUGCCAUGCUCCAGACUCUAUGAUGACCCUUGUGCCUCCUCAGUCUCGGACUCGAUGAUUAUUACUUCGACAACGCGACAGCCAAUUAUUUGCAUGCCAUCAUCGCUGAAAAACCUCAUCUUACGCGGCAGCGCUACCGCUUCUGGGACCAGCUCAGAUAAACUGAUUGACUCCCCAAGCGUUUUGGUGAGCAAAAGUGCUACCAAUUUGAGUUUACUGGACAGUAAGGCGCAUAGCGGAGAGGAACGAACUUGCCGAUCUGUUAUGCUGGAACUGCCUCUAAUAAAGUUACCUACCGAUGAGAGUUCAGAUAGUUCAACGGCAUCGGAGGACAUCGAGCGGACGCAUAGUAAAAGUGAGGAAUCACGCGAACCCAGAUUGACGGGUACCAAUCGGAAAUGGUCAAAGGAAACACUGUUCUAGCUAGGAUCCAAAGCACCACGUUUAAUCUAUAAUAUGGGUUGAACGUGUUUGGCUUGAGGGCAAAAUACAUACAUAUUGUACACACAUACAUAUGUCUCGAAAUCAAAUGCUCGAAGAAUGAUGUAUGAUACUACGUAUUGGGUAAAGAAAGGCAAAACUAGAGAGAUAAGAGCAUAAGGAAUGGUAAGUAAAUAUGGGAUAGAAAAAGAAUAGAAAGUGGAUUGAACUGUACGACUGUCCGGCUAAGGAAUUGCGUGCGUUGUUGUGACUCAAAGUUGGCACAAACACUUUUUACAGGAGCUUAGUAUGAUUAGAUUCUCGUCACAGAUUAUACAGAUUAUAAGAACUGUAAUUGCAAUCUAAGAAAUUAGCAUAAAAAUUAAAUGAAAAUAUUUACAUUUGUAAGUUGAAAACAAAAAAUACAAACAAUACAGAAACGGGUGAACUUAAUAGCAUUUCGUGAGCAGUUUAUGCGAUUCAAAUUGUUAUUUGUAUUUUAUAGUAAAUUACACCAUAUACCUAUACUUAUCGAGUAAAGUAUGCAUGUAUUGAGAAAAAGCAAAAAUAUACCUAGUAAUUGAUAAGCUUUAAAAUUUACUUUACAUUACGAAAAAAAGGUGGCGUGUGGACGAGCAUAACUCGGAUGAGAAAAUGGGGGGUUCGCUGAAUUUUAUUUGGCCAAAAAAACGAAAAAUAAUCCGUAUGUGCAACAAGCAAAUGAGUAGCAAGCGCAUAAAAAAUUAUGGCAUUGGAUAGGAGUAUCCACCGCAGGUACGGGAUUAAGCCUAAAUGCGGCUCAAGAAUGUUUAAAUAAGAAAUAAAAAGUCUGUAUGAGUCUUAAAACGAUCCAAAGAUCACAUUACGUUCUUUAUAAUGUUCCACUAUGAAUAGGUACCUAGUACAUAUCUGCAUAUAUAUUAGAUGAGGAAAUAGAAUAAGGAAGGAUUAAACGAACCGCUGCUCAUUUUCGGUUUAAAGAUUGCGUAAUGGUUUCCUGUAAAGAUCUGGAUAUUCAAAUGAAGUUCGCGAGUUACUACCACGUCUUAGCACAUCUGCGUACUUCUAUCAUAUUUCGACGUGGAAAUAAACCAGUUUGGAGCAAAUAUUUCACUUUACAGAAGUAGCAAUCGCUGCAAACUUGAGCCAGAUGGUCAUGAAUUUGAUCAAAAAGUAAAUUAAAACUGCGUUUAACCUUUUAAAAUCUUUAUUUUUGCUUCUAAAUCUAUGCCAUUGGCUUCAAAGUACUUCUGGCUCCUGUAGUAUUGCUCUAUUUUCCUAUAAAAAAUAAAUAAAUAAUUGGCGCGUACACUUCUGUUAGGUGUUUGGCCGAACUCCUCCUCCUAUUUGUGGUGUGCGUCUUGAUGUUGUUCCACAAAUGGAGGGACCUACAGUUUCAA